AUCCCGGCAGAAAAUCCCGGAAACAUCUCGUUCGUGAAACUCGACGGCUCCCCGGAUGUAAUUUCGCGUUGUCGCGAGUUUGUUUCGGUGUGCAGUGACAUUCGUGGAAAAGGGAACGUGUCGCGUCGCGCGGGAUUCGCGACCCCGUAGUUUUGUCGGAGAAUUGGCGAAACGGGCGUGCCUUGGACGAUCGGCGACGUCCCUGACGCGAACGUAUACAACGGUGGCAAUAGGCGGCGAAGAACGACGGCGACAGAGACCGCGACCACAGGAAGAACGUACGCGAGAACGACGGUGAGGCACGGCACGGGCAAAACAGAGCAGAACAACGGCUUAGGGGAACGGGAACGGAAAACUACCACGGCGGAGAAGACGAACGCAACGCUCUGCCGCGUGAUUUUGAAUACGAACGUAGUCGUAACUGUCAACGGUCGGAUUUGGAAGGCUCGCGAACGCGGUAAGGCUUCUCCCGUGAAUCGUGCCGUUUCUCGUCACUCGUCGAUCGCGAUAUUAUCGUCGUUGCCAUCGACCUGAUCCGGUGAAGAGCCGGGUAUUUUACUGUGGUGCGGCUAUCGUGUGCGAGAAAGCUACUAAAUGACCAUGGAUAACAGCAUGUGCGACAUCCAGACCGGCUACAGCAUCAAUAUCAAGAGGACGGACGGUCGCAUCCACUGUGCGGUGGUUUCCGGCGUUAAUUGGGAACAGCGCACGGUCACCGUGGAAUGGUUCGAGAGAGGAGAAACGAAGGGGAAAGAGGUGGAAAUCGACGCGAUCGUACCGUUGAACCCUGAGUUGGCCAGUCAGAAGACAAUGGCACCCCCCCAGCAGGCUCCUCAGAUCAACAACCACGCGAUGGUCACCUCCAGAGCAAGGGACGGUUCGUGCGAAGAGGACGAGGGGGUGGACGAGUCGGAAAACCAAGAGGAGGGCUCCCUUGGACGACACGGCGGUCACGCCGCAAGAAACGGCCUUGCAUCUGCAACGCUUCCUCACUCUACCAAACCCUCGAUUCCAGUAAAAGCGGGCUCUAACAGGAAUUUGCCGCGACAAGUAACUGGUCGACCGACGAAUGUAAUGCCGGCUGCACCGACCGUCAACGGACACGGUGACUCCAUGACUGGUCUGACGACUCGUCGAGAGCUGGAGAACAUACCACCGACGCCGGCCAAUUAUGUUCCUGUGGCUGUUCAGGCUAAACAAAAGCAGCAACAACAGCAGCAACAGCAACAGCUGCAAACCCAACAACAGCAGGCUCAAGUUGAGAACGGUCGGAACAGGCGUUCGAACGUCGUCAAAGAAGUCGAGAGGUUGAAGAAGAACAGGGAGGAGAGGAGACAAAGACAAGCGGAACUAAAAGAGGAGAAGGAAGCCCUCAUGAAUCUAGAUCCUGGCAAUCCGAACUGGGAGUUCCUUGCCAUGAUCAGAGAAUACCAGAACAGUAUAGACUUCAGGCCUCUGCGGGACACGGACACCGUGGAGGAUCAUCAAAUUACGGUGUGCGUUAGAAAGCGUCCGCUGAACAAGAAGGAAAACGCGCGCAAGGAGGUGGACGUGAUCAGCGUGCCCAGCAAGGAUCAGAUGGUGGUGCACGAGCCCAAGGCCAAAGUCGAUUUAACCAAAUACUUGGAAAACCAAAUCUUUCGAUUCGAUUACGCGUUCGACGAGACCUGCACCAACGAGAUCGUUUAUAAGUACACCGCGAAGCCGCUGGUGCAGACCAUCUUUGAAGGCGGAAUGGCCACGUGUUUCGCGUACGGGCAAACGGGAAGUGGGAAAACGCACACCAUGGGCGGUGACUUCAAUGGGAAGACGCAAGACUGUAAAAAGGGCAUAUACGCUAUGGUAGCCAAGGACGUGUUCAAGUGUCUGAAAAUGGCCAAGUAUCGGCCGCUGAAUCUGGUCAUUUCCGCCAGCUUCUUUGAAAUCUACUCUGGCAAGGUGUUCGAUUUGUUGGCGGACAAAGAGAAGCUGAGGGUUCUGGAGGAUGGCAAGCAGCAGGUGCAAAUAGUCGGUUUGACGGAGAAAGUCGUGGAAACUUGCGACGAAGUAUUGAAGCUUAUUCAGCACGGGAACAGUGCCAGGACCAGCGGGCAAACCAGCGCGAAUUCCAACUCGUCGCGAUCGCAUGCGGUAUUUCAAAUCAUAGCACGGUCGCCAGGCACGCACAAGGUCCACGGGAAAUUUUCGCUGAUCGAUCUUGCCGGCAACGAGAGAGGAGCAGACACGUCGUCCGCCAACAGGCAAACGAGAAUGGAAGGCGCAGAGAUCAAUAAAUCACUGCUGGCCUUGAAGGAGUGCAUUCGGGCGUUGAGUCGCAAGGGCACGCACUUGCCAUUCAGAGCUAGCAAACUGACGCAAGUUCUGAGGGACAGCUUUAUCGGCGAAAAAUCAAAAACAUGCAUGAUAGCGAUGAUCAGUCCAGGAAUGAGUUCUUGCGAGCACUCGUUGAACACUCUGAGAUACGCUGAUCGAGUCAAAGAACUAGCCGCCACGGACCCUACGGAAGUGAAAGCUUCGCCGACGGAUGAAGAUGAAGAUCCGAAGAUCGAGGAACAAUCGAACAACAGCGUUCUAUCGGACAGCGAUUUGGCGCAACUUCGCUCGCUUAACGAAGGCGAGAUAUCUCAAGAUCUGUACACUUUCCACGAGGCGGUAUCCGCGCUGCAGCUGCUAGAGGAGGAAGUACUGGACAGGCACAAAAUGGUCAUAGAAGAUACAACCAGGUUCCUCAAUGACUCGCGCACUGUGUUCAGCGCGACACACGAAGUAGACUAUGACCAAGAAGAUUUGAGACGGAAAAGAACAAAGUUUGAGUCGCCCUACCUGAGGAGGUUCUCGUUGCGUAGACGUCUGAUAGAGAGAAAACAAUUUUCCGACGCGUAUGCCCAAAAAUGGGAGCAGUUACUGACGCAGCAGCGCGAUACCUUGAACGCCGCGAUAGAUCAAGUCAGUCAGUUUCGUGGACAGCUCUUGCAAGAGGAACAAAUCAGCCAGAAGAUGACGCGAACUCGUAAUUUACGGUACAAUUAAGGUGGAUUCUUUAACGAGGAUGAGGUAGAUAAUCGCGGUAAUAAAUAUCACGGUUACGACGGGGAUAGAGUGAUAACGGCACGAGAAGAGGAAGGUACGGUGGGUUGGAGAGGAGGUGACGAAUAUCCAUCGUCUUUUCGACCAUCACUGUGUCGAUAACUUCCGGUCGCGCGUAACAUGAAUUCUGUUGCUCGUUAAUUCAACACAGUCUCAAAAACCACGUGUUCUGGUUACACAGAGUUUCGAACAAAGGGAAAAAAUUCCAUCCACUCUCUUUCUGCCCAUCCGAAUCGUGGGAAAGAGGGCGAGAAUUUAAUUCUCGAGACUUUGGGAACGUCAACUGAUAGAUUCGCGAGAGAUCGCGAGGAGGGUGCCACUCGAAUUAUGUACCGUCCAUUUCUUUGCGAGUCGUUUGCCGCGUCUCUUUCCUACUCCGCCUACCUCUAUUCUUCUCCUCCUCCUCCUUUCCUCUUCCAUUCUCGUGCCACGAUACCUUCUAAACGCGAGACCUACGAUCGAGUCUCGGCCUCUGUCGCAAGCUCGUCGCUCUCUUUCUUCUCCCUGUAACGCUGAUAAACAUACCGCGAAUUUAAUGCACCUGUGACGUAUCCACGUAUGGAAGACAUGUGCCAAAGGUUUUCAAUUGGUGAAAUAUAUUCUAGGUACGUUUCGCAUAUGUUUUCCUGUUUAGCAUAUCGGUGAUUCAGGGGCGGAGGGUAGCUGCACGAUUCCCGAUUUCGAAUUGAGAGUGAAAUCAGCUUAGCUUGUAAUUACUAGGGAAUAUAAUUACAGUAACAACAAACGAACGACUAAAUCCACAUUCACCGAUUACUUUAGUUAAGGUAUACAUUUUUCACACUCAUCGUACCAUCCAACGACACUAACGAAAGCACUUCAUGGCUAAGCUGUAUUUCAAUCUUAACUAAAAAUCGACGCUUGUGUAGUUUCACCCAUCGAUACGCCAUGCAUGCAUAAAGCUCGCAGUCUAUCGAUAAACAACACUCGCCACGAACGCAAACAUGGUCGUAGUCCUUUGUCUGCACGAACGAUCGGUUGUCACCGCAACGAUAUCGAUCGUACGGAUCCGUCAACGUGGGCGCAAAGAUUAUUCGAGGGUGUGCGAAUACUCCUAUGACUCGCUAUAUGUUCGAAUGCUGCGUAUCAGCGUUUUAAGUAAUUAGACGUUGGUAGAGAAACAAACUUGUGGAUUAGGAGAGGGGAGAGAGUGUAGGAGCAGGGUACGCGGAGUGAUAGAUACUCUUUAAAGAUUUUAGAAACGCAUCACGAUUUACCUUUCAUCGAAAUAUCCUAGGCGGACAUCCUUGUCGGUUCCUAAUUUUAGUCGCCCACCCUGCGUUGUACGUCGAUUGAAUCUUAAACGAAUAUGUAAAUGUACGCGUGCAAGGAUCGCUCCUUCCCCCAAACAUUUCGAAUAAAUUUAAGGAUAACAAAUCGCUAUGCGCGUCUAUCGAGCCUUGACUAUCUAGUAUCUAUACGCGUGAAUUGCAUUCGAUGGAUCUUUUCUUUUAUUCCGAUAAUGAGAAACGGGUCGAAAUCCGAUUUUGUACACACUUGAUAGUAACAUAAAGAAAAAAAAAUCUUUAUCGUCAUCGGACGCGUUUUUACUCGUAGCUAUCUUUAUUUAUUCGUCGCUUCGUGGCGCAUCGGUAUUUUAAAUACACUGAUGAGAAUAAUAUCGUUCAACGUUUAGAGACGCCGGUUCGAACACGUUGAACAGCCUAAACCGGAUUGAAUUUAAACGAUACAUUAGAGUCAGUGACAUCUAAGCAUAUUCUAGCCUCUAUCCAAGGCGAAAUCGCGGGAAGAAAAUUUAUUCGUAGAGGAAACCUACGUUCAGUGAUAUUUUGCGAACGUGCACGAGUCACCCGUAUUCGCAACGAACCAAAUAAUGACUGAUUUCGUGACUAUAACUGCUAGCUAGGAAGAACAAAAAAAAUAUACCCGUGCAGGAACUCGAUUCGGGGUCGUUAGGUUAGACUUUACACCUAUUUUAGAUACUUUUAUGCUUUACUUUCAUCUACAUUUCAUUUCUUUUUUUCUUUUUUUUUUUUGUUUCUUUAUCACGAAAUUCUGCUGACGACUCACCGUCGAGCAGUUUAUUUUUCUUAUCGUUUCAUUUUGUUUGUACUUUUUCACUGUCGCAAGGGUGCGAUGUCUGCGCGAAUGUUACUGAGAAUCCUACGAGCAGGCGCAAUCCUGUAGCGAUUUGUUGCACUCUGGUUACGCGUCGCAUUGAGCUGCGUAUAGACCAAAGAACCACGGCCAUCAAAGGCACAGGUGCUCGAGUCUCGAGUGCGCCAACGUUCGCCAACGUUCGAGCACAUGUGCGUUCGGUUGCCUUGGCGGUUUGGUGUGCACGCGGGUUUAAACACUCGUAACGUCUGUUAAUGGUCUUUCUACGACAAACAGUCGUAUCGAGCGUCUCGUGAAUACCGAUUCGACCGAUCCAUGAGAUCGUGUACGAAUCGGGGCAGAGGAGGGGAGCGUGAGUAAACGUAUGAGUGAGUGAAUGAGAGAGAACGAGUGCGAGAAAAUCUAAAACGAUAUAUCGUCAACUUACGUUGUUGGCAAAAUAUGAUUUUUAUAGAAGUGUAUUUAUAUAGAUAACCGGCGCGUCGUUAUACCGCGUAGAAACAAAAAAAGAGAGAAAUUUGCACGUUUUAGCGUAACGAACGCAAAGUUUCUGUUCACUCGUGAUACGUAUAUCGAAAUCGAACGCGCUUGGAAAUGGUGCGAAUCGCCUCUGUAUCGUUUCAUUCUCUGACAAAGCGUCGAUAAUGUUUUAAAACGUAAAAAUUAAAGUUUCGUAGAAACUGUGAGUUCUUCAGUAUUCUUUUUGUCUUAUUAUUAUUAUUUUAGCUUGAUCGACUUCGAACCUGGUCGAAUAGGAACGGUUGAAAACCAACAGGCAAACGACGCAUUUAUACUAAUAAACUUAUCCGGUGAACAACGGUACGCGUCGCGUGUAGCUUGACGUUCGAAAACGUCGAUACCGUUAUUAUUUUUGAUAAGAAAAAUAGUUACGGAGAAAAAAACGAUGCGAAGAAACGAGACGCAUGGCAAUGGCAACGCGUUUUGUCGUUUCCCAAAAUUUACACUUUUUCUCUCUCUCUCGCGCGUAAUUACAGAAAGUCUUACUUUGUCGCUUAACAAAUAAAUAAGUAAAUAAAUAUAUGACAAACGUUUUAAAGGAUAAGAAAUGGCAGGUCCGUUUAACGUACCAACAGGUGUAUUUCUGAAGAUUUGUAAUGGAGGAAGGCCGUAAAAAAAAUACACAAACAAUGAUUUCCAAAAUAAUAUAUUUAUUAAAAGCCGCGUAUGUAUUUACAAUUCUGUACAUCGCAAAUAACUUGACCAGCAAGUAAACGAUUGCGCGUUGCACCAUAAAUUUAAACAUGAUAAUAUACCCGCGUUGAAAAUUCAUCCGUUAUACGUAUACUUAUAUAUAUUCUUAUGUUAGAUCACAGUCUUCUCGAUUGAGUUUCACACUGUAUUUCGUAGUGUCUCUAAUGUAUACGAUAGAAUGCAACGGAAAGUCUAGUGGAAGCAUUUUUGUACCAGGCUAUUCGUCGCUAAAGGUACUGUUGAAAUCAAAAUGGUCUAAACUGGAAAUUGCGCUUUUCGUGAGAGCGGUUUCUUGGCCUUUACCCGACCUGACAGAAAUAAUAGAAAUAAAUAUAUGACGGUGAACGAUACAAACUCGA